UGAGGGUUAUUUUUAGUCUUGUAAUAAUAAUCACUUUGACAAUUCAGAAACUGCACUCAUCUUUUAAAAAAAAACAUUAUUUGGAGCUAUUCUCGAUAAAAUAUCUUAUCUAUCUAUCUAUCUAUCUAUCUAUCUAUCUAUCUAUCUGUCUGUCUGUCUAUCUAUCUAUCUAUCUGUCUGUCUAUCUAUCUAAUAGAUGUGUUUGCAGGAGGCGGAGGAAAUAAAGAGAGCCAGUAGAAAGGGAAAGGAGAGCGAGGUCAUCAUUUGGUGCAGGCUUUGGUGUAGAUGAGGACACGCAUGAGCUGAGUCCUCCACACGCACCGGCAAACUCUCCUCACGGAAGACUCGCGGUAACCGUCUCACGUAACGCCGAAUCGCAGUUUCCGCGUGUCGGUGAUGUUCAUGGUUAUUAAUAGGCUGCCGUGGUCUUCCGUCGGUUGCUUCGGACCAUUCAGAUCACCGGAUCAGACGCGAGUGCGCAGUUUUUGAGGUGACGGCGCUAAGGACGCUCGAGAUUCAUUUCGUGCGAUUCACUUCGAACGAGGACCGGAACCGGAGGCGAUGUUAAUGGAGCCGCGCACGUCUCGUUGAGGAUCCAUCUGCACUCGUCCUCAAUGGUCACCUUCUGUCCGAGCUUGUCUUUCUGCUUGCUGCAGUCCGCAUCAGAGGAUGUACGCGGAGGGAAGCACGCCAGACACUGAGCCAGACGAGUGCCAGAAGAAGACAUCAUGCUUCUCCAACAUCAAAAUAUUCCUCAUAUCAGAAUGUGCCUUAAUGUUGGCACAGGGCACUGUAGGAGCCUAUCUGGUCAGUGUCCUCACCACGCUAGAGCGACGUUUCAACUUGCAGAGCGCUGACGUGGGUGUGAUCGCCAGCAGCUUUGAGAUCGGCAACCUUGCCCUCAUCCUAUUCGUCAGCUACUUCGGGGCCAGGGCCCAUCGGCCGCGGCUGAUUGGUUGCGGGGGCAUCGUGAUGGCGCUGGGAGCGUUACUGUCAGCGCUGCCUGAGUUCUUGACCCACCAGUAUGAAUAUCAGUCUGGAGAGUCACGGCCUGUGGGACAGGGAAAGGAUGUGUGCUCCAAUACUAGUCGAGCGGGGCUCUCUGAUCCUGGUUACAUCUGUGGGAAUAGAACCAAUACCAACAUGAUGUACCUGCUGCUGAUCGGAGCUCAGAUGCUUCUAGGGGUUGGAGCGACACCCUUGCAGCCUCUGGGAGUGUCUUACAUCGACGAUCACGUCAGACGAGAAGACUCUUCCCUUUAUAUUGGUAUCUUAUUCUCUACACUGGUGUUUGGACCAGCCUGCGGUUUUAUUCUUGGCUCUCUGUGCACCAAAGUUUAUGUUGAUGCCGUCUUCAUUGACACAACCACUCUGGACAUCACUCCUGACGAUCCGCGCUGGAUCGGUGCCUGGUGGGGCGGCUUUAUCAUCUGUGGCCUUUUCCUCUUUCUCUCCUCCUUUUUCAUGUUUGGGUUCCCGCAGUCGCUGAACGAGCCUGGGGAGGGCCCGGGGGGUGAGAGUGAACAGGCCAUGCUGCCUGCUGAGCUGGUGCAGGAGUAUGAAGGAGUCAAAGCCUCAGACGACCCGGAGAUCAACACCGGCCUCACCUGCUGCCAGCACCUGCAGGUUAUCCCUAAGGUGACUAAGCAUCUGCUGUCCAACCCGGUUUUCACCUGUGUCAUUCUCGCUGCCUGCAUGGAAAUCGCUGUGGUGGCUGGAUUUGCCGCCUUCCUAGGGAAAUAUCUCGAACAGCAGUUCAACCUCUCGACGUCCUCCGCUAAUCAGCUCCUGGGCAUGACAGCAAUCCCCUGUGCUUGUCUGGGCAUUUUCCUGGGCGGGCUCCUGGUGAAGAAGUUGAAUCUGUCUGCGUUAGGGGCUAUUCGUCUGGCUAUGCUAGUCAAUAUCAUCUCUACGGCCUGCUACGUCUCCUUCCUCUUCCUUGGCUGUGAUACGGGCCCGGUCGCUGGGGUUACUGUUGCCUAUGGCAACGAGAGUCUAGGUUCAUGGGAGCGGACGGAGGCCGCGUGUCUGUCAGGCUGUAAUUGUUACACGUCUUCUCUAAGCCCCGUCUGUGGCUCCAAUGGCAUUACCUACCUCUCUGCCUGCCUGGCUGGCUGCACUAAAACCAAUCUAACAGGCUGUAAGUGCAUCGCCCAUGGCGACGGGCCCGGUACAGCCAUGCCGGGGAAGUGUUCCAGCCCGGGCUGUCAGCAGGCCUUCCUCACGUUCCUAGCAGUCGUGUGCGCAUGCAGCAUGAUCGGAGCCAUGGCCCAGACUCCAUCCGUCAUCAUCCUGAUCAGAACUGUGAGCCCCGAGCUGAAGUCAUACGCCCUUGGAGUUCUCUUCUUGUUGCUCCGGCUGCUGGGUUUUAUUCCUCCACCUCUGAUCUUUGGCAUCGGUAUUGACUCCACCUGCCUCCUGUGGAGCUCCGUAUGUGGCAUUAAAGGGGCCUGCAUGCUUUACGACAACAUAACCUACCGUUACCUUUACGUCAGCAUCGCCAUCGUUCUCAAAUCCAGCGCCUUCAUUCUCUAUGCCGUCACCUGGCAGUGUCUGCGUCAGAACUACUCCAGGUACAUUAAGAACAGCGAGGACUACCUGACCCCAAGCCAGCUGUUCGCCUCCAACCUCACCCUGGACAAUCUGGGCAAGGACAUUGCGCAGAACCCUUCCAACCGCACCAAGUUCAUUUACAACCUAGAUGACCACGCCUGGAGCGAGAACAUGGAGUCAGCCAUAUAGUCCCACCCCAAAGAGGGCCAGCGAGCCUAUAUGCACAUGCUAAUUUAGUCUCAUAUCGCUUUUAUUCGAAAGAAAGUCCAUAUAUAAGCCGAUUUCUGCACAUUCCCGCUGCCUGGGAGAAAUAGGCACUCUUUUAGCAUAUCCAGGGUGUUUUGACUAAACAGAGCCAAAUGAAUUUGACUGUUACUAUAGUCAGGACUUGUAUAUGCUGGAUGUACGAUAUGUGGAGAUGAAACGCAUCCACGCAGGGGAUGUGCUAGGACGCAGUUCCAAAACCGAACAAUUAAUCUUCCAUAAGUCAAAACUAGCCCCAGCUUACAUAUACGAGCACCUUUUUAGGUUUCAUUUUGAAUGGUCUUUUUAGUAUUUUUUUAAGAGAUGUAAAGAAUAUUAGCAUAUAAGUUCUACGAGAUAUUAGCUAAUACGUUUACUUGAAUAUUGUGAGGCUAUGGAAAUUUCUGUCUAUUUUUAUGGAGGGUCUUAGAAAGCUUGAUGUUAUUACUCAGUAUCUCCUCUGUACAGGCAUUAGACUAUUACAAACGUAGAUAACAAGUGCAGAGUUCACACGCGUCAUGUAACCUAUUAAUCAACCUAAAAAAUAUAAUAGUGAACAUUUUAGGCCCAUGUCUGUGAAAACGUAUAGCUCGAAUAGACAAAAGGUUCAUUAGUUUUGUGAUGCCUCGUUAUUUGUCACCUGCUGUGAUUUAAACUAAAGCGACACGCAACAUUAAUCAGUAGUUGUUAUCAAGCAGAGGACGUUGGAAGGAUGCAAGGAUGGAUUUAUUUCAGUGCAUGCAGGUAUCGCAUGUUGAUGCAUCAGAGCAGGUGCAUGGGAAUUUUAAGAGAUAAAUUGUUUUGGUGAAGGUAGAAAUUUCCCUUCUAUUACUCCAGCAUCCUCGUAAAGUGGUGUUUUAUGAUAGUGUUACGGCACCUUAUGUACUUUUUUCUUCCAAUCUGUCAUCAAUAUGUUCAAGGAAAUUCGCUUGGAAGACCAAACGCUAGGAUUAACAAAGUUUUACAACAGUAAGUUGCGAAACAUUUCUUGUUCUUUAACGAUGCAAUACACGAAGCAAGUAAAAACAAAAAGAAACAAUUCAUGAACUACUAAAACACCAAUUCGAGUUGCAUAAAAUAACAAUGAACAAAAAUGGAAAAAACGACUGAUUUCAAACAUUUUUGUAUGACAUUGGACCUAAGAAUUUGUUUAAUAUACUUACGAAUUAUUUUCUAUGCUUUUUAUAAAAAAAAAACAAUAAUAAAAAAAAAAAAAAAAACAGGAUGUUGGUGAUCCAUGGUAACGUAAUAAAGCUAAAUGCUCUUUAUAGAGGAAAAUCAUUUGUUUUUCUGCUGCUUUUCAAAGACGGUUUACUGGAUGCAAGUACACUGAAGAGACCCACAUAGGGCAAAAACCCAAACCCAUUAUCACCCUUCAUGUAAAUGGCUUCCCAAGCACAUUAUUUUAAUGCACUGCAAUAUACGCCGAAACGCUUGAUUGCUUGAAUGUUGAGGCCAGUGUCAAUACAAAUGGGAUGAUAUAAGAAUGAUGUCACUGUUUAUAUAAUCAUUCCUCUCUAUCGAUAAUUCAUUGCCGUAAAAGUGCCAAAGUGAUGCCAUUUAAGUGUUCUGAGUUCUCUCCGAGAGGCGGUUUUUUCAUAAUGCUGGAAUUGUAUAUUACCGCGAGAUGCUUUAUUGUAUUGUACGUAGACAUAUGUGAUAUCUUAAGCAACCAUUACACCUUGUACAUAGCGACAUUUAAGUCCAGAAUGUAGAACAUAGCGAUGCUUUAGGCUUUUACAGGUGAUGUUACAAGUCUUAACUUUGGACAAAAUAUAUAUUAUUGUUAAAUGCAGAUGGAGAUUAUGUUAUGCUUACAGAGGAAUGUUGUGGUAUAUUUUUCUACCCAUGUCUGUAUUAUGAAGCUUAUGUGUAAUGACCAUAAAAGGUGUACAAGAUAAAAAAAAAAAAAAAUUACAUGAACAACUAUCUGCACUAAAA